GGUCCCUUACGCAGGAAAGUUCGGCGUCGGUUUCAAGGCUCCUCCCUCCCGGUGAAAGGCAGACUGCGGGGCGCCUGGAAACCGGUCGGAGGGAGCGCGGCGCGGCGAGGCGAGGGGCGCGGGCUCGAGGGGCCGGCACAAAUGGUCAGGCGGCGGCGGCGGCGGAGGAGGCGGCGGCGGUAGUCGGAGGCGCGGAGGGCGCUGCCGCCGGGUGCGGGCAGAGCUGCGCUCCGCGGCCGCGGCUGCCCCGUCCCUGCCCGCCUGCUCCCUUCAUGAAUCGAAAGUUCGGGCCGGGAGGAGCAGCAGCGGCGGCGGCGGCGGGGCGGCGGGAGCCCGGCUGGGCAGGCGGCACCGACUGAGCAUGGCCGAGCGGCGCGGGGCGGCGGCGAGCGGCGGCGGGGAAGUUGGCGGCGGGCGGCGGGCGGGCGGCGGCCGGUGCCCGCGGCUGCUGCCGGUGCUGGUGGUGCUGUGGGCGGCGGCGCUGCCGGCCGGGGGGCAGCCGCCGGCGCCGCAGUACAACGGGGAGCGGGGCAUCUCCAUCCCGGACCACGGCUACUGCCAGCCCAUCUCCAUCCCGCUCUGCACCGACAUCGCCUACAACCAGACCAUCAUGCCCAACCUGCUGGGCCACACCAACCAGGAGGACGCGGGGCUGGAGGUGCACCAGUUCUACCCGCUGGUGAAGGUGCAGUGCUCGGCCGAGCUCAAGUUCUUCCUCUGCUCCAUGUACGCCCCGGUGUGCACCGUGCUGGAGCAGGCCCUGCCGCCCUGCCGCUCCCUCUGCGAGCGGGCCCGCCAGGGCUGCGAGGCCCUCAUGAACAAGUUCGGCUUCCAGUGGCCCGACACGCUGCGCUGCGAGAAGUUCCCGGUGCACGGGGCCGGCGAGCUCUGCGUGGGGCAAAACGCCUCCGAGCGCGGCACCCCCACGCCCGCCCUGCGCCCUGAGAGCUGGACCAGCAACCCCCACCGCGGGGGCACCGGCGGCGGCCCCGGGGGCUCGGGGCCCGGCGAGCCCCGCGGGCGCUUCUCCUGCCCGCGGGCGCUGAAGGUGCCCUCCUACCUGAACUACCGCUUCCUGGGGGAGAAGGACUGCGGGGCGCCCUGCGAGCCCGGCCGCCUCUACGGGCUCAUGUACUUCGGGCCCGAGGAGCUGCGCUUCUCCCGCACCUGGAUCGGCAUCUGGUCGGUGCUCUGCUGCGCCUCCACCCUCUUCACCGUCCUCACCUACCUGGUGGACAUGAAGCGGUUCAGCUACCCCGAGCGACCCAUCAUCUUCCUCUCAGGCUGCUACACGGCAGUGGCCGUGGCCUACAUCGCCGGCUUCCUGCUGGAGGAGAGGGUGGUCUGCAACGAGCGCUUCGCCGAGGACGGCUCCCGCACCGUGGCACAGGGCACGAAGCGAGAGGGCUGCACCAUCCUCUUCAUGAUGCUCUACUUCUUCGGCAUGGCCAGCUCCAUCUGGUGGGUCAUCCUCUCCCUCACCUGGUUCCUGGCCGCCGGCAUGAAGUGGGGCCACGAGGCCAUCGAGGCCAACUCCCAGUACUUCCACCUGGCUGCCUGGGCCGUGCCAGCCAUCAAGACUAUCACCAUCCUGGCCCUGGGGCAGGUGGACGGGGACGUCCUCAGCGGCGUCUGCUUUGUGGGCAUCAACAAUGUGGAUGCUCUGCGGGGCUUUGUGCUGGCCCCCUUGUUCGUCUACCUGUUCAUCGGCACCUCCUUCCUGCUGGCUGGCUUCGUGUCCCUCUUCAGGAUCCGGACCAUCAUGAAGCACGACGGCACCAAAACAGAAAAGCUGGAGAAGCUCAUGGUCAGGAUAGGCAUCUUCAGUGUCCUCUACACAGUGCCGGCCACCAUCGUCAUUGCCUGCUAUUUUUACGAGCAAGCUUUUAGGGAACAGUGGGAGAGGAGCUGGGUCACGCAGAGCUGUAAGAGCUAUGCCAUCCCCUGCCCCAACAACCACAGCAGCCACCACCCGCCCAUGAGCCCCGACUUCACCGUCUUCAUGAUCAAGUAUCUCAUGACCUUAAUCGUGGGCAUCACCUCGGGCUUCUGGAUCUGGUCGGGGAAAACCCUGAACUCCUGGAGGAAGUUUUACACCAGGCUCACCAACAGCAAGCAAGGCGAGACCACCGUCUGAGACCCCCUUGCCUGCCGGGCUGGGGGGAUGGCGGCCGGCCAGAGGGCCGGGGCUCUGCCUCGGGGAAGCAGCUCCUUGUCCAGCCUGGGCAAACUGGGGACCGUGAGUGGCUUCCGCAGGCGGCGGGGAGCGGAGGACGAGCCCGGUGGGGACCCCUGCGCCUGGGACUGCCCGGCUCUGCCCUCCCUGCUCCUCUUGGGCUGUCUCCUGCAGGAACUGAAUGCGCUGUCAGGUUGGGGGAGAGGGAUGUAAAUAGCCUCUGUAAGAUUUUGUAAGUAUAUUUGUAUUUAAAUUACAAAAAAAAAAUCUCACUUUUUUUAAUUAUUUAGGACACUUUUAACCCGUUUGCAGAUUUUGCUUUCUCGCCUCAUCCCCCCCCUUUUUUUUUUUUUAUUAAAAAAAAAAAAAGGCGUUGGAUUUUUAUUUUUUAGGGCAGGAUGAGAAAAACUGCCGGUGAGAGAAACCAAAACAACCAACCCCCUUUCUUCUCCCCCACACUGGUUCUGUAAUGGCUUUGCUGGGAGUUUUCUUGCAGCAGCGGCGGGGCCCGGGGCGCGGCUUCUAGGGCGGGCCGGGCCCCGCCGGAGGUGGCUGCCGGUGGGCUUGGGGAGAAGCGCCGGUUCCCGCCCUGGCCCCGUGUUUUGGGGGGGGGGCACAGCCCCUGGCCUGGCCCCGCACGGGGGAGGGCCGGCGGCCGCCCCUCGCCCCGGCCGGAGCGGAGCCGAGCCCCGCUGAGCCCGGCGGGCCCCGCCAGACCCUGGGCGGGGGCAGCACCAACGCCCGGCCCUGCCCGGGGCUGGCGGGGUUAACUGCCGGCUGCCCUCGUCCGAUUUUAUAAAAUUUAUUUAAACGCACCACGUAGUUGAAGAGGAGGAGUUGGCCUGUUUUGUUGUAGGAGUUGAGGUUUCACACCGUCUGCACCUGUAGCACGUCCGAUGGCUUAGGAGGUGGAUGGGGACAGAUACACCAAAUUUCCCUCGUGUUAUGUUGUUUUGUUUUGUUUUGUUGUUUUGUUUUGUGGGUGAUUUUUUAUUUUUUUUUUUUUAAUUCGCGCUUUUCCGUCGGAAGGUGUGUGUGGGGGGGACGGCGGAGGGGCCGGAGCUCUGCGGGGACCGUGCGGGCGCUCCCCCCCCGGCCCCGGCCCCGCUGCGGGCUGGGGCUGGCAGGAUCAGGAAACGGGCUCAGUAAAAGAAGCGUCAUCGGAAUAAAACGCAGCAUUCAGAUUCCGCCGCCACCCCCUUCUCCCCACCCCCCCCCCACCACCCCCCCCCCGCUUAAUUAUAUACAUACGCUGGCUCUUCAUUUGGGAAACAUUGGAGCCAUUGCCAUGCCCUGAAUUUUAAUUCAUUGCCAUUUAAUUCAUUACACAUUAUGAGGGUGUGAUGAUUUUUGCCAGUAGUAAAAACAAAGGAAGGGAAAACAGAAAACCGGAAUGUUUAAGCACUCUGGUGGGAUGUGAGACCUUAAAGAGCCUCUGCUGUCUUUUUUACCUUUUUUUUUUUUUUUUUUUUUUUUUUUUUUUCGGUACAGUAAUAACAUCGCAUACUGCAAAGAUAAGAUACUGUGUGUGCAGGAUAUCUACUACCUUGUGUGCUCCUGGGUCUGUGGGAUUGUGCUUCUUAAUCCAAAAAAAUAAAAUAUUAAAAAUGAAA